AUGAGAGCUGAUGAUAAGUAUGAACAUUUGUGAUAUUUUUAGUAAAUCAUUUUGUUCCAAAAUUCUUUAGGUUUGCAAUUAUUCAUCUGGGGAUAUUAAUUAACACAAUAAUUUUAUUGAAUAUGAUAUCCCCAUUUUUAAUAAGAUUCCAAAUUCAAAAAAAAUUCAAACUAAACCUAAAGAAAAUAAAAUUAAUUCUGUAAAGGAUUUACAGAGCGAUUUUAUUGAGCCAAAAAAGGAUUUGAAUAAUACUCCUUUAUAUUGUAUUAAUUGGCUAAAAUAUAAAUAUGAGAUAAAAGUAUAUAUUAUUUGAUUUAGGACUUUAAUCAAUUAAAAUAAUAAUACGAAAAGAUUUUAUUGAUAAAACCAGAACUGAAUAUAGAUCAUCAAAUUGAAAAAGAUUUAAAAAGAACUUUGCUAGCAGAAGAAAAUAUAAAAGAGAUUAAAAAUAUAUUAUUAGCUUAUUCCAUUUUUGAUCCUUCAAUUGGAUAUAUUUAAGGAAUGAAUUAUAUCGCUACCGUGUUAUAUAAUCAUGCAAAACAAGAAUGGGUCGCUUUUUGGAUAUUCCUUUUACUUAUUGAUUCAAUCAGAAUUAGAGAUAUGUAUUAAAUGUGUAUGAAUUCUUUAAACAAAUAUUCAAAAAUAUUAGACUUCUAUAUAUACAGAUUAUAAUUUAAAUUAUAUGAAAAGCUUAAGGAGAAGUAAGUUUUAACUCAAUUUUAUUUCUAAUAAUGGAUUUUAAGUUUAUUAUUAUAGCAAAUACCAUUCGAAUAUUCUUAAAUGUAUUUAGAUGGGUUACUGAGAAAAGGUUUAUCUUAUUUUUAUUCGAUUGCAAUUACGCUAAUAAAGAUCUUUGAACAGACAAUUAUAGAAGAAGAGUAAAUAGAAAUAUUGAUGACACUUACAUAAAAGCAAAAUGUAUUAAUUAAUAAAAAAGUAGAAUAAAUUGAAUUGGAGAUUUAUUUUAUCAAUGAAUUGGGGUAUUGAGAAUAGUGAUAUAGAAGCAUUUAUUGAUAGUUUUGAAAGUGAAUAGAACAAAUUUUCGAUUCAAAGGUUGUAGAAUAAUAAAUAAUAGUAGAUUACUCAUUUUAUUUAAUUUAUAAAAAAAUGUUGA